CCCCUACCGACAACAAAUUCACCGUCAUCCCUCGGCGCACAACCACGUUUCCCCCCCAAAAAAACACUUCCGCCGAAGCUCCAGAACUUCUUCGCACGCAGAGACCUUCUCUCGCCGCUUGCAAGCAUGGCUUCGCCACAACAGGCUCUUCCGGCGCCUACCAUUGACUUGCUGCUGAAUCUGAUGGACACGCGCCCCGAAUCCAUUCUCGCAUCGCUCACUCAGCAUUCGCAUUUGGCCUCUGCCUGCGACGCGCACGGUUAUUCCCUUGUCCACGCUUCCGUCUCGUACGGCCAACUCGCCGUCCUCCGCGAACUGAUCCAAAAGUACCAAGUCAACGUCAACCUCCUCGAUGAAGAUGGCGAAACACCUUUGUUUGCAGCCGAGACUGCUGAAGUAGCUAAAUGCUUAGUCGAAGACCUUGGCGCAGACCGGAAUGUCAGGAACGCCGAGGGGAAGACGGCGGAGGACAAGUUUUUGGAAGAGGAAGGCGAAGCGCACGAAGUCUACCAGUAUCUGAAGAGCCUGCGGACAGGCCAUCAAGCUGUGAGCGCCGGGGUGGUGGAAAGCGAAGGCGUUCAUCCACCACCCCCUCUGCCUAACGGUGUCAAGGUCGAGCUGGGAACCAUGACCGAGGAUGCUGUAGGAGAUGUGCCAGACCCUGAAAUUCGACGCCGGAUAGACGAGCUGGCCGCGCGGGACGAUUUUCAGACCGAAGAGGUGCAAGCUCAGCUUCGAGACCUCAUCUCCGAGGUGGUAAUAGGUAUAGGUUCGGAGGAUACGGGUCGUAGCGUGAGGAGGAGGGUUGACUGA